ACGAGCCAAUCAGAAGCUACGUUGCCUCCUCCUUAGUACGCGCUGACGUCAGCGCAUACGUCACAGCCACAGCCAGUGUUGUACAACAGUUCUUCACCUCGGAUACACACUGGUAUCGACAGCCACACAGAUAAACGGUCACAGCACAGCGAAUCCCAGAUCUCCAUAGAUCAACCCCUACCAUGGCUUUGAGGAACGCCGUGUGCCGUCUGCUGGUCCCCGGCAGAUGUGCCGUCAUCUCGUCGAGCAGAUCCCAAGGCAGCGCCGCACCUGCGAUGGCAACAGAAAAGACUGAGCGGAAGCCUAAAGCACCCAAGCCGGUGUUUGACUGGCGCGAUGCGCUGCAGCUGGAAGGGCAGCUGACGGAGGAGGAGGUCAUGAUCCGCGACUCCUUCAGAGACUACUGCCAGGAGAAGCUCAUGCCCCGCAUACUGCUGGCCAAUAGGAAUGAAGUGUUCCACAGGGAGAUCAUCUCUGAGAUGGGGGAAAUGGGGGUUCUGGGCCCCACCAUCAAAGGUUACGGCUGCGCGGGGACCAGCUAUGUGGCGUAUGGCCUCAUCGCCCGGGAGGUGGAGCGCGUGGACAGCGGCUACCGCUCCGUGAUGUCGGUCCAGUCCUCGCUGGUCAUGCACCCCAUCUACGCCUACGGCACCGAGGCGCAGAAGGAGAAGUGGCUCCCCCGACUAGCUCGAGGUGAGAUCCUGGGCUGCUUCGGCCUGACGGAGCCCAACCAUGGCAGCGACCCCGGAGGCAUGGAGACCCGGGCCCGGUUCAACCCCUCCAGCCGCACCUACAGCCUGACCGGCACCAAGACCUGGAUCACCAACUCCCCUGAGGCAGACGUGGCCGUUGUCUGGGCCAAGUGCGACGACGGGAAGGUGCGCGGCUUCAUCCUUGAGCGCGGCAUGAAGGGCUUGUCCACGCCUAAGAUCGAGGGCAAGUUCUCCCUGAGGGCCUCGGUCACCGGGAUGAUCGUCAUGGAGGAUGUGGAGGUGCCCGAGGAGAACCUGCUGCCCAAAAUCAGCGGCCUGGGGGGACCGUUUGGCUGUCUGAACAACGCCCGCUACGGCAUCGCCUGGGGGGCCCUGGGAGCCGCCGAGUUCUGCUUUCACACAGCGCGCCAGUACACCUUGGACCGGAUCCAGUUCGGAGUGCCACUGGCCCGCAACCAGCUGAUGCAGAAGAAGAUGGCGGACAUGCUGACAGAGAUCACCCUGGGCCUGCAGUCCUGUCUGCAGCUGGGGAGACUCAUCGACGACAAGAAGGCGGCUCCAGAGAUGAUCUCCAUGCUGAAGAGGAACAGCUGUGGUAAGGCGCUAGAUGUGGCCCGCCAGGCCCGGGACAUGCUAGGGGGCAACGGCAUCGCCGACGAGUACCACGUCAUCCGCCACGUCAUGAACCUAGAGGCCGUCAACACCUACGAAGGUACCCACGACAUCCACGCCCUGAUCCUGGGCCGAGCCAUCACCGGCCUGCAGUCCUUCACCGUGGACAACUAGGACCCUCCCCACCCCCUUCAGACUGUAACAGACACUAGCCUGGUGUUCUGCAUAACACUACUGCUUUAGCUCUCCAUCUAUUGAGGCUUGCUGUUGAUUAGAGAUCAGGUGUGUUAAAUGGAGGAUAAAUAUCUUGUGCAGUGUAAUUAUUUUCAGAAGAUUUGUAACUAUUUUUCUAUGACCACACCCAUAACAAGUCAAGAAUCUAAGUGAGUGUGAAUACACCAUGGUGGAGAGGCGGACUUGUUGAAUAGAAUGUACGGAAUGAACAGUUCUCCACGAGGUGAAACGAUAAUGGAUUUAUUUAGAUCCAGAAUGAGUAGCACAAUUCAGCGGAUCGAUUUUCAGUGCUAAAGCCCAGGGUUAAAGGGUAUGUAAUCGACCCACAGGUGUGAGGGGGAUGAGUCAUGACAGGACAGACCCAGAAUUAUGGUGGAUAGAUCAAAUCCCCACUCAACUUCCUCUCCUGGACUGUACCAGCUCAUACGGCGGCAGUUGGAUCAAUCCAUCAUACAUCACUUUGGACACCGACGGCUUGUGAUGGCUUAUUAAAUCUCCGACCUGUUGGUCAAAUGAGGGCCCUUUUUAAUCACACCUACCUUUUUAAUGUGCGUCUGAUUCUGCUUAUUAGGGAGAUGUACCCCGCAUGAGUCCCUGUGUUACUGUUGCCUGUGAGGGUGGCCUGCACCUUUACUGGCCGUGCGUUGCAUGGCGCGUCACGGCGGUUCAGAGCUCCUAAUAAAAGCAUAUUUAUGUU